AUGGGACAGAUAUGCUUGACACGGCAGAAUAGCACUACACGAUCGCAAGAAAUGACAAUUUAUGAUCUCAUCGCCUGUUGCCACUUCCAUCUGCGCAUCCUCACCGAAUCUAACCGCUACGAACUACGCCCCAGCUCAGCCCCACUGUUCCCCCACUCCCACCCCAGCCUGUUCAGCUCCCCAGCCCCAGCCUCAGCCCAGCCUCAGUUCCCACCUCAGCCUGUUCUCCCAGCCCCCACUCCAGCCCCACCCCUGUUCCACCUGUUCCCAGCUCCCAGCCCCACCCUGUUCCACCCCACCCCUGUUCCACCCCAGUCUGUCCCCAGCCCUGUUCCACCCCACCCACCUGUCUGUUCCCACCUGUUCCUGUUCCUGUUCCCCCACCUGCACUCCUGUUCCCCAGCUCCCCACCUGUUCUCCUGUUCCUGUUCACCCCUGUUCCUGUUCCCACCUCCCCACCACCACCCCACCUGUCUGUUCCACCUGUUCCACCCUGUUCCUGUUCCCACCCCACCCCUGUUCCCACUCCCUGUUCCCCAGCCCCCUGUUCCUGUUCCCACCCCCACACUCCCAGUUCAGCCCCUGUUCCUGUUCUGUUCCCACCCACCCCCACCUCUGUUCCACCUGUCUCUGUUCCUGUUCCUGUCUCUGUUCCACCUGUUCCUGUCUGCUGUUCCCACCUCCUCACCCCCAAAUCACUCCCACUCCAGCCUCCCACCUGUUCACCCCUCUCACCUGAGCUCCCCACCUCCCACCAGCUCCCCACUCCACCCUGUUCAGCCUGUUCCCACCUCACUCCCCUGUUCACCUGUUCCCAGCCCCCUGUUCCCACCUGUUCUCAGCCCCCAGCUCCUGCCCACCCUGUCUGCCCCACCCCAGCUCCUGUUCCCAGCCCCACCCCAGCCCCAGCUCCCCAGCCCCAGUUCUCACCUGUUCUGUUCUGUUCCACCCCACUCCACCCCACCCCUGUUCCACUCCCACCUGUUCCACCCCACCUCUCCUGUUCCUGUUCUGUUCCCUGUUCCCACCUGUUCCCCACCCCAGCUCCCACUCCCCACCCUGUUCCCUGUUCCUCACCCCACUCCCACCCUGUUCCCCAGCUCCCAGCUCCCAGCCCCUGUUCUGUUCCCCACCUCCACCCCAGCCCCACCCCAGUUCCCCAGCCCCCACCCCUGUCUGUUCCACCCACCACCACCCCACCUCACCUCAGUUCCCACCCCAGCUCACUCCCCAGCCCAGCUCCUGUUCCCUGUUCCCCACCAGCUCCAGCUGUUCCACCACCACCUGUUCCCACUCUGUUCCAGCCCACUCCAGCCCCUGUUCCCACCUCAGCCCCACCAGCCACUCAGCUUCUGUCUCCCACCUGUUCCACUCCCUGUUCCACUCCCAGCUCCAGCUCCUAGCUUCCCAGCUCCAAAUUCUGUUCCAGCCCUGUUCAGCCUCAGCUCCAGCUGUUCUCAGCCCCACUCACCCAGCUCAGCUUUAGCCAGCCUCACUAGCUUUAGCUAG